AUGCCAGUUUUAGGCCACCAGGUCAGAAACUUGAAGAUCUCCUCCCCCUCCGUGGCAGACCAUGUCAAUUCGAAACUCAGGGCAAAUGUUAUCCUUGUCGCCAAGUACGACUUUCUCGCCGAGUCCUCUUCGGAAUUGUCUGUCAAGAAGGGUGACGUGCUCAAGCUCUUGGACAAGCUCUCCAAUGGUUGGGUGCUCGUGAAGUCCGUUGAACGUGUAACUUCACCAGGACUCGUGCCGUGUCUUUACGUGGAUAUUGCUGUCAAUGACACGCUCAAUCCCAUUACUUUACAGUGGCUUCAUGAAACAAGCACUUCCACAUCCACAGUUUUGGGAAACACUACAUUCUACGACGCUGAAGUGAAGCAGCUUCUCAGGAACAACUCGCCUAUCACUAUCAACAACAGACCUUACCCGCUCGCUGCUUCUAUCAACAACUUUCUCAUGUACGACAAUCGCUAUUGGUACAGGCUUGACAUCACCUAUAGUACCCAAGAAAGGGCGUAUUUGUGUCGGUAUUACCAGGACUUUUAUACCUUACAUGCGUCUCUCCUUGAGCAUGUAGACCAGUGGCUGCUGGCGUCGAAGGAACAGGAGCUACCCUCUUUCUUGAAGUUGCCCAAGUUACCGGAACCUAUCCCCAGUAACAAAAGAGAGUCUUCUGAGCUUAGAGAGCUCCUUGUCAAACGUUGCAAAGACCUUGAUGAGUAUAUCAACCUGCUUAUCUCGAAUAAGCAUUACCAAGUUCUGCCUCCGUUGCUCAAGUGGUUGGACGCAAAGUACGAGAAGUCACCCGGCUUUAUUGUUCCAGAGCAGUUGAACGAGACUAAUGAUAUCAUCAACGAGAAAGUAUUGCCGGGAUCUGUGAAGAUAUACUCUAAAGCGAAGAUCGAUAACGGAACCGAAAGUGAAAGGCUCCAUGCUGUUUUGGAUAAGCGAGAGGAGGAGGACCAAGCGAAAAAGUUCCCCAUGUCCUCUCCAAAUCCAAAUGACAGGCAGCAACCCAAACAGCCGGUGUCACGGAACAUUUAUAAUCAUUACCAACAAAUUGUUGGGUUCCAGGGCGACCUUCAACGCGCCAAAACCACUCGUGAUCUUCAAAGAUCGAAGACAGCGAAGGAUAUCCGGCAGGGCCCAACAAGAAAGGCUCCCCCUGGAGAACCUGAUCGUCCGUUCACGAGACUGAAGACAACACUACAGCCCCAACGGGCCGCCACUGCCCCCACAAUGGUUCACACAAGCCCCCCUCCUAAGCCUGUGUCAAUCGGAUCUGUCAACGGUAAUCCGUUUGCAAGGAUGAAGUCUGUAAGGAACACGAGCGGCUCUGAUCAUUCAGGGCGGACAACUUCUCUCGCAACUUCAGCCGGGGAUCACUCAUUUGACACAAGCAUUCUUUCGCUGCCUCCUUCGACACAAAGUCGAUCGAUUCAGGGCACGCCGGAACUUGGCACGCCUCAAAUAAAGUGUGAGAUAAAAACACAGAAUCAAGAUAAGCUUUCUGUUAGGAUAAACAAACCAGACGUGACUUCCUUGGCUGAGUUCAAACGCUUGAUUUACCAGAAAGUUGCUUUUAACAAUCUUUACAUAAACAUGCCACAGUCCGAUACCUACGAAGAAAUGGAUGCUACCCUGGUUGACCUCCUAGAGCACAUUCGUUCUUGUGAGAAUGUAAAUGUGCUUGUUACCUAA